AUGACGAAGGACCAGAGUGGAACCUGGGAAAUGGAGAGUAAUGAGAACUUCGAAGGCUACAUGAAGGCCCUAGAUAUUGAUUUUGCCACCCGCAAGAUUGCAGUACGUCUGACUCAGACGAAGAUCAUCACUCAAGACGGUGAUAACUUCAAGACGAAAACCAACAGCACGUUCAGAAACUACGACCUGGAUUUUACUGUCGGGGUGGAGUUUGACGAACACACAAAGGGCCUAGAUGGCCGGCACGUCAAGACGCUGAUCACCUGGGAAGGUAACACUCUCGUGUGUGUGCAGAAAGGGGAGAAGGAGAACCGUGGCUGGAAGCAGUGGGUGGAGGGAGACAAGCUGUACCUGGAGCUGACCUGUGGUGACCAGGUGUGCCGACAAGUGUUCAAAAAGAAGUGAUGGCCACGAGGGAAGCCUGGCACACAAGCAGAGUUCUCUGCCAGUUUUGGAAAGCAGCGUGGGGACCCUCCUGUUCCUGACAGAGCCCGCUUACGUCACCUGCCUGGGUUUAAACUGGAGUGUGUAAAGGGACCCGCCCCA